AUGUCCCCUAGGGACCACCGGCAUCCUUUGAUGGCGUGGGACGGGCGUCAUGAGGUGCGCCGUGGUGAGCCGGCGCAGGCGGCGGACAAGAAUAUGGAAUACCUCAGGUCGUACAUGGAGCGUCUACCGACUGAUUCCCAUGGGCCGCUUGAAACGCCUGAGCAGCUCAGUACGCCGCAGGCAGAGUACAAUAUGCUAGAUCAUGUGGCAUCAGAGGAUGACCCGAAGAAGCGCAUGGAGUGGCAAAAGAUGCUGCAUUCUGUGCUGGAGAGUGAUGUACUUUCAUCAGAGACGAAGCGGAUCGCAGCGGCUGAUGCCACCACACCCACGCCUGCGCAGACGAUGUAUGGCGUGUGGCUGAGUGUUCGUGCGCUGCACGUGGGGCAUAGGAGCACGUUUGAUGACGCUGAGCUGGAGGAGCAUCUCGUCAUAGAGGAGCGCGAGCGGCUCGUGCCCUCGGUCAUUGACGACGUGAUGCAGUUCCGCCGACCAGAGCCCCAAGCGGGAGAAGACGAGCGCAAGGCGCUAUAUAAAGCUGUACAUGACGUACUCGAGCGCGUCGAUAUGGUGGAUGAGCUCUUUCCCUCUCAGCGACAGCUGGAAGCUGCGUACCCUGCGUGGGCUCAGGCACCGUUCCAACAAAAACUCGCCGCACUCCAAGCAUGGUAUAAUGUCGUGCGUGAGUUGCAAGCGCAGGUACAGCUCCUGCACCGGUGGACCGGCACACUGACGUCAUCUGACGGAGAGCUUCGGCCUACAAUGAGUCCGGCGGUGCCGCAGGUCGAGUCGGACGACGACACGUCGGCCGUGGAGCGCAUUUUUCGAGAAAGCAAUAUCAACGAGGCGUUUGAGCAGCGCACACUCAAGCGGCUGCGAAUGCUGAUCGAAAUGGCGCGCAAAACGCUGCGCGAGUACCACCACAUGUUCUGCGACAUGAAUCUCUCAUCGCUCGAGCCCGAUGUGAUGCCACUCGUGCGCUUCCCCAUGUGGCUGGCCGAGGGCGCCUUGCGCCAGCGUCUCGAGUACGCCGACAAACUCAACGAGCCGAGUGUUGUUCUCGUCGAGUCUCUCGCAGAGGAUCUGCGCUCGGUCCUGGCGCUGGCAUGCCGCAUCAAGAAAAGUUACGUGCAGCUGACCGUGCCCGAGCCGGAUAUCGGGUGGAACUUGCCGGUCGAGAGUGACGAAAAGUUUGACGCGUCGAUUUGCAGUGCGCUGCACUUUUUCUUCCGCCUGCUUCUUUUUCGCCUCAAGAGCACGCCGUACUUUAAAGAAGUCGAUCUCCUCGAACCCGAAUGGGACUUUUUGGCGUCAGCUGUGCAUGUCGUCCCAGGCGGCGACGUCAUUGUCGCCCACAAGAUGGCCGCCAUGAUCAAUCGCAUUUUUGCGCGCAUCAUCACCUACUUCCAGCGCGAGCUGCAAGUGCCCGUGGCAGCAGCUGAGUCGAAACUGGCCCAGCACGGCAGGGCCGAACCACCCAAGACGGGGCGCCUCACCGGCGGUCGCGUACCCAUGAGCGUGGCAGACAUGACGCGCUGGAUCCAGACCGUAUUCAACAAUGCCCGCGUCCGGAGCCGUCGCUUGAUUGGUUUCGCGCGGCGCAUCCGCACGCAGCUAGAAACGGCCGCCGAGUACGACCUGCGCUCGUUACGGGCGGCCAAGACCCAGCCACCGCUCGACUUGAAUGGCUUCCUCCAGACGCUGCUGAAGGCCGACUACUUUCUGGUCUAUACAUCCGCGUUUGAGGAGCGCGGUGUGUUUUUGCUCGCGGAGCCUAGCCUGCACGACAAGCCGCAUGUGAUCCAGGACUUGGUCUUCCAGUGUGUGCGACCACGUUGGGAAACGCUCGAUGAGGACAUCUCGUCAGCCGUCUCGGAGACAGCUCCGCCGCACCCACAGUACCUCUUGUUCUUGACGCCGCGCGAGCCGUUCUUGUGGACAGGCCGUGUCAUGACACUCCCGCUCCCGUGGAUCGAGGUCGACAUGAAGGAGCAGCGACUUCGACUCGUGGCGAAUGGCGUCGGCCCGCAUUUGGAGCAAUGCAAGCAGCACUUGGCGUGGCAGUUUUCCAUGUAUGGACCGGGUGCCACGCCCAGCGGCAGCCAUGAGCAUGCAUCGAUGACGCAUCAUGAAGAGCCAGGUAAAGAGCCCAAGGCUUCGAAUGUGUCAAUGUACACAUUCCCACUCGCGCCUGUGUAUGAACGCAUGGCGCAUUUGAGCCUGAUUCAGCACGAGCUCAAGCUGAUGACCAAGGCGGGUUACGCCCUGACGGAUGUGGUCGUGCACUCUGUGCCAGCGAUCCGACAGCAAAUGCUGCGUUUGCGGCCCCUCACUUUGGCAGAUCAGGCUCUCUGUGAUGAGCUUGUUCAUGCCUGCUUCAGCAUUGCCUUUGACCAGGGCUCUCGCGUGCUUGGAUACAUACAGAGUAUGCGGCUGCACUCCCACCUGUCGACGGCGCUUGUGCAGCUGUCGGUCGAAUGGAUUGCGUUUAUUUGUGAUGACUGUGUCUUGACGGAGCGGCGCACCUUCAAGUGGGCCGUCGAGGCCCUCGAAAAUGCCAUGACCAUGACGAUGGGCGAAAAUAUCUUUUUGCUGAGCGAGCAGGAGUUCUUCAGCUUGCGCAGCAAGGUAUCGAGCUGCAUGGCGCUGCUUAUCUCGCACUUUGAUAUCCUUGGUGCUCGAAGCAGUGCCGUGAAGGAGAAGGAAGAGAAGCGGGCGAAGCGUGGGGCUCAAGGCACGCUGAAGAACACGGCCAGCUACAGCCAAGAAGUCAUGAACCUCCUGGAACGGCGCAUGGACGCUCUUAGUGUUUGUGACAAGCAGCGCGAGGAUGUCUUGCGCGAGCGCCAUGUGAUCGGACGCGUGCUUGACGAUACACGAUUAGAGGACCGCGGCUUGCAACUGCUGGCAUCACGGGGCGUCCAGAUGCGCUGGCAGCAGGGACGGUUCAUUGGAGGUGGCACAUUUGGUACUGUGUACCUCGCGGUCAAUCUCGAUACGGGUGGCCUGAUGGCUGUCAAGGAGAUUCGGUUCCAAGAAUUGACAUCUUCGCCAAAUCUGUUCAAGCAGAUCCACGACGAGAUGAAUGUGAUGGAGAUGCUUCGGCAUCCCAACAUUGUUGAGUACUACGGCAUUGAGGUGCAUCGCGAGAAGGUUUACAUCUUUGAAGAAUACUGCCAGGGCGGUAGUCUUACACAGCUUCUGGAGCAUGGUCGCAUCGAGGACGAGAUUGUGCUCCAAGUCUAUGCGCUCCAAAUGCUCGAUGGACUCAUGUAUCUCCACUCGCAAGGCGUGGUCCACCGAGACAUCAAGCCUGACAACAUUCUGCUGGACCACAUGGGCGUCAUCAAAUUUGUCGACUUUGGUGCUGCCAAGGUGCUGUCUCGGCGAUCAAUCUCUACGAACGCCUCCCGCCGAAGCUCGUCGUUCCUGCAGCCUGGUGCCGUGAACGCCCAAGGACAAAGCUUGCAAGGCACGCCGAUGUACAUGGCGCCCGAGGUCGUCAAGGGCGAGACGCAGGGACGUGAGAAUGCGAUGGACAUCUGGAGUCUGGGCUGCGUGAUUCUCGAGUGUGCCAAAGGCACGCGGCCAUGGCACAAUCUUGAUAAUGAGUGGGCGAUCAUGUUCCACAUUGGCAUGGCGAAGCAGACGCCCGCACUGCCAGACGAGUCGCAGCUCAGUCCGCUGGGUAUCGAUUUUAUCCGACAGUGCCUGACAAUCGAUCCCGAAAAGCGCCCAUCGGCUGUCGAGCUGAGGCAGCAUGCAUGGAUCCAAGCGCUUGUGGAGGAAUUGAAUGCCGCCAACGAGGAAGAGGAAGAGGCGCAGCGCCUGAUGGACGAGGAAGAGAGCACCGACCAUGCGCUUGUGGAUGACGCCAGGCUGUCUGUACCUUCCGGCACGCACGGCACGCGCCGUUCGUCGUUUUCACUUUCCAGCGUCCCUGGCGCGCCAGAUCACAGCCAUCCUCGGUAUGAGGCACUUGUGGCUGAUGUACAAUACCGCAGGGAAGGCGAGCAGAUCAAAGCCAUGCUAGAACCCGAUGAUGGACUAUAG